AUGAUGAUGAUGGAGAUGGAGAGGACGGUGACGGGGAUGGAGGUGACAGUAAAGCUGACGAUGUCGUGGAAAGAACAAAGACACAGAAGCCACAUGGACCUAUUCCAGUCUCAGUGCUUUCAUUUGGUAACGAUGAUGAUGAUGGAGAUGGAGAGGACGGUGACGGGGAUGGAGGUGACAGUAAAGCUGACCAUGUCGGCAAAGGUGAAGAAAGGCGUGAACAUCAUCGGGGUGAGAGCCAGCAGCCCUUCUCUUUGGGAUGUCAAGGAAAGCAUGGAUUCUACUGGGAAGUACGCACCAGCUGUCAUCAUUUGUCAGAAGAAAUCUUCUGGCUCAGAAAACAGUGUGGACAGUGCCUCCUAUGAAGUCAUGCAGAUUGACAUAGAAGUAGAGGAGCCCAGUGACAUGCCGGCCACACAGCUGGUCACCUGGCAGGUUGAAUACCCAGGCGGGAUCACAUCUGACCUAGGAGUGUCCAAGAUCUACGUGAGCCAAAAGGACUUGGUUGGAGUUAUACCUCUGGCCAUGGUAAGAAAGUCCCUGCCUUGGGCUGUUAAUACAGAACUCAGGGGAAGGGAAAGCCCUACACUGUGA